CUCUCCAUCACCGAAUCCACCUUUCAGAUCCUGCUUGACCUGUACCAGAUCGACUCCACUUUCUUUGAUCUAGCUCUUGCAUUCGGAGGGAAACCCUCUAGUGCUGAUGCAGGUCGUGGGGUGAUGCGUACCCGGCCGCGACUCGAUGGAAGCCACGAUACGCAUUACCUGCUCACCUACCCCGAGUACGAGCCUGGAAUGCCCAACGGGCCCAGCUGGACCUUCCGCCAGGUCGCCGUCUUUCAGCGUGUAGAUCCGAGGAACUCCGAGAAUCUGUGGAUUGUGCUGAACGCGCGCCCCAAGUCCAAGUUGCAGCAGGCGGUGGAGCACUUUGCGGCGAGUCUCGCUGAGAACUAUAAUCCUCUCGUGGACUGGUACCUGGUGCCGGGGGCAAUUCUGAAGGUAUACCUUAGGAACUGGAGAAUUUAUAUUGCCGAUCAUCUUGGGACGGAGGUUGAGAACACGGUAUGUCGAAAGCUCGUGUAUGACAUGCACAGCUUCGACAGUUAUGAUGACGAAAGUCAACUCCGCGACGUUAUCAAACCACAGUCCUUGGGGGAUAAAGCCGCCUCUCUCGCUGCACGGCUCACAGUGGCGUUGCAGACUGUGCGUCAGCUCACCCGCUUGAAUGAGCUCCUCCAUUCCCCAAAGCCGGGAGUCCCUCCGGCGGUUGACUACCAUGCAGUUGCUGAUGAGCUUGCAAACCACGAGGCUGACCUGACAGCUACCCUCCAAGGGCUGCGAGUUCUGGAGAACGAGGUACAAGGGAUUGCAAAUACGCUGUCCGUCGCAGUAAAUCUCAACGUCAACAAUCAGAUGCUGAAGCUGGGCACCGAGUCUUUCGACGACAGCUCAACUGUAAAGUCCAUGACGCUGGUCACGCUUAUCUAUCUCCCCGCAAGCUUUGUGUCUUCAAUCCUCGGAAUGAACCUAUUCGACUUCGAUGGCGGAGAAAAGGGCAGCUUCACAAUAUCUAAGCAGUUCUGGAUUUUCGUCAUCUUGGCGGUGCCGCUGACCCUCCUCACACUGGCCUCCUGGUAUGUGGUCGCCCGGCAGACCCGCAAGGCCCGCGAGCGGAAGACCAAGCAGCAGGGCGACUCUGGGGCACGUUGA